AUGAAAACCCUCGGUCUUAGCGAGCGAGCUACACAGGAUCUCUCAAAGAACCGUUCUUACCUUCAAAAGAACCUUCUUUCGAGAAGCCAUUGGAGUCUCUUAAAUGUUUACGAUGGGUUUAUUGGUGGUAGAAUUAAAGAGAUAUAUUGGCCGCUAAGAAUGGUAUUGGAUUUCAGCCACGCGUUGUAUGAUACCAAUUCUCGAUCUUCCAUAGACUCGAUCAGUGUAAAGUCCGACGAUGUUAAUGACAUUGAGAAAUUUCAACUCCCACCUGAUCGCAAUGUUUGGAUCAUGGUAAUAGUUAAUGCGUUGGUAGGUACAUUUCUUUCAGAUUAUCUGUGGCUCUUGUCCGUACUCAUGACAUCGCCGCUAGUGGUUACGCUCGGUCUAUCAUUGACAAUACCAUUGGCAUUGUUCGGGGAUUCUGUUUUCAAAGGGAUUAUCAUGAGUCCGGGAUAUUGGCUUGGUGCCCUGUUGGUCGUGGGCGGUUUCCUUGGUGUUAAUCUUGCAACAGUCAAAGAGAAUAGACGUGAACACAGGUUUACCUCAUUGAUUGACGAUGAGUGUGGAGAUUAUGACCCUGUUUCUCCACUAAAUUAA